GACAUAAAUAAUCAUGCUGAAAUUGACUAUGCUAAUAUGGAUGCUUCAAUGACAUCGAUUGGUAUUAAUGUACAAGGUCUUAUGCAUUGUGUACGUUUAUAUGAUCAACUUGACACUGUCAACAGUCAUAAUAAUAAUGAAUCAACUUCAAUGGUAGAUAAGAUAAGUUUAAAACAAGCUGCACAAAAUUUAUCCGAUGCAUUUCUUGAAUUAAUGCGUACUACAUUUUCAUCUGUAUCAUUAGAUAAUUCAUCAGAUAAAACUUCUACACUAACACGUUCAACAAGUUCACUGUUUGAUUCUAAAAGUAGUCCUGAUCGUGCAGCUUUACUAGAAGCUGCUAGUCGUGUUGGUGAUGCUAGUCGUCAAUUGUUACAGUUAAUUUCACCGCCAACAAUAUUUGAACAUAUGAAUAAUGAAAAUGAUGCCAAUACUAAAGAGAAUAAUCAUCUACAAAGUACAUCAAUAAUUGAUUGGGAAUCCAGAGAUCGUUUAUUGACAUUAACUAAAAGUGUUGCUAAUGCAAUGACAGGUUUAGUGAAAAAAGCUAAAAUGGGUGCAUUAAUUCUUGAUGAAGAAGUGAAUCAAUACUUAAUGGCCAAUAAAUCUAAUCCAAAUGAUAUUGAAAUACAAGUAUUACGUAAUGCUCAAACAAAUUUAGUACAUUCAGCAACAUUAGCUGGUAAAACAGCAAGUCAAUUAGUGACUUGUGCUAAAAUAGUUGCAUGUACUAUGGAACAACCAGAAUCACAACAACAAUUAAUGCAAACAAUAAGAGAGGUUGCAUUAGCUGCAGACUCUGUACCAUCACCAGCUAAAGGUUUGUUAGAUUCAUCAUCAUCAUCAUCAACUGGAGCAGCUACAGCAUUUUUAACAAAUAAUCAAGAAAUGUACAAUGUCCAUUGUAAAUUAGUGAAUGAUUUAGAAGAAGGUGUUUAUUCUGUACAUAAUGAAUUAGAUAAUUUAUUAGAUUGUCUUAUAGGAACUUCAAUACAAGCUCAUCAAGAUCCUGUAAUUAUCAAUCUUCUAUCAGUUAGUCAUCAAUUACCUGGUAGUGUUGGUGAUGGUCUUCUCCUGGUACGUAAAGCGAAUGCAUUAGCCUCUGCUGUAGAAUGUUUAGUGACAGAUUUACGCACAGAAGCAAUGAAACCGAAUUCAACUCUGGAAAUAUCAUCGAAUGAAAUCACUAAACGUGCUGAUCUAUUAGAAAAAGAAAUUUAUCAAUUAUUAUUAAUUGCUCAGGAAUGUGCUGAUGGUAACGCUCAAUCAUUGGAACAUCAACAAAAUAUUAUAACAGCAGCGGAAAAAUUAAUGAAUACAGCUCAUGUAAUCGCUGCACCGAUUAUUCGUUCACGUCUUACAAAAGGUUUAGAAUUUGCUACUCGUCUUACAGCAAAUAAUGCUGGUCCAUUGGCUACAGUUGGUGGUGAAGUUGUACGUAUAUGUCAAAAUGAUACAUAUCAGGUA